AUGCAAGAGCGGACACAGCGACGUGCCCGCGUCCUCCGACUUCAAACCCUGCUGGUGUACAUCUAUUCAGGACAUCAGUCCGAUGUGGCUGCCCGUUUCUGGGUUUCUCAUACAGGAACCUCCUUGUCCUUGGGCGAGGCUGCCGCUCAUGUCGAGUGGUUGUACAUCAGUGCCAGUGUUGACGAGAAGGUGGAGAUGAUGCUCAAUCCCCGGUGCAGUCUUGGCCUGCGUCCUCUCAUGGUGGCCUUGCGGUUCAUCGUGGAGCUGCAGCUUCUCUCUUGGGUCCAGUUCCAGAACUACGAGUGUGGAGUCGCUCCAUCACGAAAGAUGUUGCUUGAUCAUGCUCAGUCUUGUGUGCCCAAGGAUCUGCCUCCAUCCCUCACUGCCCGAUUGCUCCGCCCUUUCAAAACUGCUCGCAGCCAGCGCAAGGCCUUGGCUGCUUUCAGAAUGAAGCAUCGGUGCAAACUUGGAAAAUUGCGGUCGGAGGCUCCCAUCCCACUAGCUGAGAAGCAGGACAAGGCUCUGGCGUUCUACCAGUGGUGCAACUAUUGGCAAGCGAACACAGAGCGCGAGCCCUUGCUCAUCAACAUGGAUGAGUCAAGCCUUGCUUUUCAUUGGAGCGGCUUAGCUGGAACAGUUGCGGAGGCAGCAGUGAGUGUGGCGACAGACAAGGCGAAGCUCAGCAGCCGAAGGGCGCGGGUGACGUACCUUUGUUGCAUCACGCACGACAGCACAGUGCAACCGUUGCUCCCGCAAGUGUUGCUGGGCAAUUCUCGGUCCUUCCCCUUAGAGUUUGUGAAGCAGGCUGCAGAAGUUGAACCGGGCAUUACUGUUUGGCGGGAAAAAUCCGCUUGGAACUCACACAGGUUGAUGCGGAAGUUCCUCCGGUUGCUGUGUGCCCGUUUGGGCGACUUGUUGAAGACGCGCAGCGUGGGCUUAUUGCUCGAUUUCGCUCC